AAUGAAGAGAAAUUUUCUCUAGCAAAUGAGCUUAAGAGUCUUAAAGAGCAAACCAGUCUAUUAUUAAAAGCCCAGGAAGAAAAAGACCAAAACAUACAAGCAAAAGAUACAUGUCUGAAAUGUGGGGCAUCUGAGCAGCAGUAUGAGACACAGGCAGCAUGUAAAGAAAGUGAGGUAUCAGUAAAUAAACUUGAACUUCUGAAAAAAGAAAACGAGCAAGUAAAGCGGAAGCUGCAAGCAGCACUUGUUAACAGGAAGGAGCUCCUGAAGAAGGUUAGCAAAUUGGAGAAUGAACUAGUACAACUGAGAAGAGAACAUGAAUCAGAAACUUCAGUGGCUCAAGAAGCUGAAGGGGAAGAAAAUACGACAAGCAUGAUAAGCAGAGAAGUGAAUCUUGAAAGCCAGCCCAGCGAGGAGUAUCUAAUUCAACUGCUGUCUGAAAAGGAAUCUGAGUUGCAGAGCAUCCGAAAGGCCCUGCUGGAUAAAGAAACUACUGAAGCACAAUUACAGGCAGUGAUUGAGGAAAUGAGGCGAAGCUUGCAAGGUAAGACAAACGUUUCGAUUAAAGAUGAAAUCAUGGAGAGUCAGACAAUUGCUGACAAAGUAACUGAAACCAAUAAAAGCCCAAAAGAUUGUGAAGAAAAUGAAAAAAAUAGUUCAGCAGCUACAAAUCCUGAAGAAAACCAAAAGUCUGCUCUGAAAGAGAGGAUUUCAACUCUUGAACAAGAAAAAGAACAACUUCAAAAAAAACUUCAGGAAGCCCUGAUAUCUCGCAAAGACACUAUAAAAAAGGCUCAAGAAAAAGACAGGCAUCACAGAGAACAGCUGAAACAGCAGAAAGAUGAUUACAACAUCCUACAAGAACAAUUUGAUAAGCAAAGCAAAGAGAAGGAGAGCAUCCAAGCUCAGCUCAGACAACUCCAAGAACAGAAAGGAUCAACAGAGAGUGUUCUUGAGAAUCAAGGUGGGUUCUGCAUGGAAGCAGAAAAUACAACAAACAACAAGCUUGUACAAGUUGCAGAUGUUUCUGGGGAAGAGUUUAAGAAAAAACUUGAAAAAUUGCAGAUGGAGAAAGAGGAAUUGCAAUAUAGCGUUAGCCAUAUGCAAAGUGAACUUGCUUGCAAAUCAGAAUUAGUCUUUCAUUUGCAAGAGCACAUAGCACAGUUGUUUCGGGAGAUAGAAGGGCUGAAAAGAACCUCUGACCAAGCUGAAGCUAAGGCAGCGAGUCUUCAGACAGAAUUGGAGGAGAGUCAAGCAAAAAUUUCUAGAGAGGGCAGUCUGGAAGACCUGAAAACACUUAUGCACCGAAAGGAUGAAGAAAUGGAAUUUCUUAUUUUGCAGUUAAGGGAGAAAAGUGAAGCUCUCGAUAAUGUGCAGGCACAGUUGCUGGAAAAAGAGGAUUCAGUCAAGAGACUAUGUAGUCAGUUGGAAACUCAAGCUCAGGUACAUGAGGAACAAAGCAAGCGGCUACAAACAGAGUUGCUUGAAAUUCAGGAGAAGCAAGAUGACGGUGCAGAAGCAGCUAAACAAAAGAAUCAAAUGCAGAGGAAGUUGCAAGCUGCACUUAUCUCUAGAAAAGAGGCACUAAAUGAGAGCAAAUCUCUAAAAGAGGAGCUGGCUAAUGCUAAAACUACUAUUGAAAAUCUUUGUGUCAAGUUGACAAAUAUGGAAAGCCAAAUAUGUGGCCAUGUUAAAGAAACAGAUACUUUAACAGAAAAGUUAGUGGGCCUCACUGAAGAGCGAGAAAAACUUAUUGCAGAAGUUGAUAAAGUACUUACAGAAAACCAGAAUCUUGAUGGAUGCUGUAAAAACCUGACAUUUACGCUAGAUAGAGUUGUUCUAGAGAAGGAGAAGCUGGAGAAGGAGAUGGAAUCCUUGAAAUGCUUUCAAGCCACUGAGAGUUCUGAGUGGCAUGAGAAAUACAGGGAGCUUCAGAAAGAAUAUGAAACUCUCCUGCAGUCAUAUGAGAAUGUGAGUAAUGAGGCUGAACGGAUUCAGCGUGUUUUGGAAACUGUUAGGCAGGAAAAGCAGGAAAUUUUCAUUAAGCUGAAAAGUGUUGAAGCAAAAAAAGAGGAAACAGAUAAGCAGCUACAGGAAGCUGGACAGGAAAUUGAUGGAAUGAAAGAGAAAAUGAGGAAAUUUGCAAAAUCAAAGCAACAAAAGAUCCUGGAACUAGAGGAGGAGAAUGAGAAGCUUAGAGCAGAGGUGCAUUUUACAGAUGGAGACCUACACAGGACUGGAGAUGUCUUUACAAAUACUAACCUGAAAGAAGAUUUGGAGAGCUCUAGGAGGGAUUGCCAGUCUCUUUCUAUUCAGCUUGAGACAGUAAUGGCUGAAAAGGAGUCUCUUAAUCAGGAGAUCACAGACUUAAAGUGUUGUUUGGAGUUAACAGAAUCUAAGCUGAAGGAAAGCAGAGAACUGGUAGACAAGUAUGUUGCUCAGAAGACAACAAGGGAAGGGGAAGAAACAAAUCAGGCAGUUGCAACACCACCACCAAUGGAGAAGACUGAAAAUCAAGUGGACAUAAGCUUUAGACCAGAGUCUCCUACUGCAGAGCUGGAACAAAAAGCAUUUGAAGGUAGUAGCCCUUGUGAAGAUCUUUGUACCUACAUGCAGCAGAUAGCUGAACUCACAGAGCGGAUCACAGAACUAGAAGAUAAUAGGAGGGCUUCAGAGCAACAGCUGGGUGACAUCCGCAUGUGUGUUGAGACUUUAGCAGGUGAGAAGAGGGAUUUAGAGACCCAAAUGGAAGAGAAAGUCCAUGAAUUGAGUGCUCUUCAGGACACAGUAGCGAAGAUGGAACAAACAGUCCAAAAAACCAAAGAUGAUCUCAUCAGAAUGACAGAACUGAAGGACACACUAGUGGCUGAGAAGGAUGAUUUGGAAGAAGGGCUCAUGAAUCAGCUGGCAGAACUUAAUGGGAGUAUUGGAAACUAUCAGCAAGAUGCAACAGACCUCCAGAUCAAAAAUGAGCAACUGAAACAUGAGCUUCAGAGUUUGCAGAGAAUGAUGCAUGAACUGGAGGAGGAGAAAUGUCAGAUGGCAAAGGAGAAAAGUAAAGCAAGUUCAGAAAAGCAAAAGGAAUUUGCAGAAAAGCUAAAAUGCAGUUGGAGGGGAGACAGCAGCACACAUGUAAAGGAGCUUCAGGAACUGCUCAGACAGAAACAGCAGGAGAUUAAGCAGCUGCAGAAGGACUGUAUUAAAAGCCAGGAAAAGAACAGUAGUUUAGAAAGAACUGUUAAAGCUCUGGAAUUUCUGCAGAGUGAGUCUCAGAAAGAGGUAGAAACAGCCAAAGAGACUUUAGCUAAAGCAAUUGAAGACACCAAGAAAGCCCAAGCAGAGCUUGCUCUCUGCAGAGUAGUAUUGGAUGACACUCAGAGUGAGGCAGCAAGGGUUCUAGCAGAGAGUGUCAAAGUGAAAGAAGAGUUGCAGGCAAGCAAAGAGAAUAUUAAAAUUCAAAUGAAGAAAAAAGAUGAGGACUUUGAGAGAAGACUGGAACAGGAAAAAGACAAGCACUCAAAGGAAAUUAAAAACAUGGAAGAAAAGCUGGCAACUUUGCAGAGGGAGAAAGACUGUAUGGAAACAACUGUUGGUGAUCUUCAAGACUGCUUGAAAACAAAGGAUCAAGAAGCCAAGCAAUUGGAAGGCAACCUAAACAAAACACUAGCCCAGCUUGCAGCCUUCACCAGGAGUAUGUCUUCCCUUCAGGAUGACAGGGAUAGAGUCAUAGGUGAAUCAAAAACAUGGGAGAAGAAAUUCACUGAAUCUAUUCAAAAGAAGGAGGAAGAAAUACGUUCAAAAGAGGAAACUUGUGUUGUGCUAAAGGACCAGAUGAAGCAGAUGACCAUACAUGUGGAAGAACUUCAGGCUCAUAUAUCCAGGCUGGAACGCAACAAGAAAGACUGGGAGUCUGAAUCCAGGAAGGAGAUUCAGCAUCAUCAAAAGACAUGUGAAAUGUUGCAGGAGGAAAAAAAGGAGCUUUUGACUCAGCUUGAAGGGUCUCAGAAACUGUACAGGAAGUCUCAGAAUGAACAGCAGAAACUGGAGUCAGAAAUCUGCAGCCUCAGAGAUCAGCUUGCUGACUUACAGAGUUCCUUUACCAAAUGUGAAUUGGUCAGAGAAGAGCUGGGCAGUAUAGUCAAACACCAAGAGACCAGUAUCCAGAAUUUUAAAUUCAGCUGUGAACAGCUUGAGGCUGAUCUGCAAGCUUCCAAGGACCUAACAAAUAAACUGCAUGAAGAAACUAGUGCCAAGGAUCAAAAGAUCAUUAGUUUGCUGUCUGCUAAGGAAGAAGCAGUUAUGGCUGCUCUAUCUGAAUUACAGCAGCAACAUUCUGAAGAGAUGAAAGAGUUGGAGCAUAGACUAAGUAAGGAGAAAGAAGAUAAAAAAGCCUUGGAAAAUGAGAAGAACAAAUUUCUUGACAAACUUGAUCAUCUCACCGAAAAGAUGAAGGUAAGCAGAGAAGAAAGUAAGCAGCAGAAGGCACAACUGGACUCCUUCACCAAGUCCAUGUCAUCUUUGCAAGAUGACAGAGACCGCAUACUGAGAGACUACAAGCAACUUGAGGAACGUCAUCUUGUUAUAAUCUUGGAAAAAGACCAGCUAAUUCAAGAGGCUGCUGCUGAAAAUAAUAAGCUCAAGGAAGAAAUCAGAGGUUUUCAUAGCCGGAUGGAUGACCUCAACUCUGAGAAUGCCAAGCUGAAUGCAGAGUUGGUGCGAUAUAGAGAAGACCUGAACCAAGUGAUUUCAAUAAAGGACUCCCAACAGAAACAACUUCUCAAAACACAGCUUCAGCGGAUCCAAACUCUGGAAAAGGAGAAGGCAAUCAUAGAAACACAGCUGAAAGAGUCCGAGCAUACUCAGGAUGAUCUUAGGAAGUGCAUGGAGGCCUUGAGAGAGGAUAAAGUCAGUAUGUCUCAAGAGAUUGAAACCCUUACAUCCUCUCUGUCUCGGGUGCAGAGUGAGAUGACAGCAUUACGUGAGGGGGGUCCUGUCAUGGAGUGUCAAGCACAACUGAAGGCCCAAGAAGAAGAGACACAAGAACUGAGUCAUAAGCUUUCCCUCUCACAGAAAAGGAUAACAGAACUUGAAGGGGAACUAGUAUGUGUUCAAAGGGAUGCAGCCAAGAGAGUGGGAGAGGCUGAGGACAGGCUUCGAAAGGAAUUGAAGCACCUACAUCAUGAUGCAGGGGUAAUGAGGAAUGAAACAGAAACAGCAGAAGAGAGAGUAGCAGAGUUGGCACGGGACUUGAUGGAAAUGGAACAGAAAUUUCUGGCAGUCACAGAUGAAAACAAAGAUCUCAGAGCUCAAAUUCAGUCGUUUGGGAAGUCCAUGAGCUCUCUUCAGGAUAGCCGGGACCAGGCCAAUGAAGAACUUCAUGUUUUGAAACAGAAAUACUCUGCAGACUUAGAGGAACAAAAGAGUCUAGUGCAGAAUCUUCAGAAACAGAUGGUUCAGCUACAAAAGGAGCAAUAUUCUACUGCCAGGGACCGAGAUACAGUGAAGUCUGAGCUGACAGAACUGCAGAAAGCCACUGAUGAAAGAGGUCUCUUGGCCCAGAUUGAGAAACUUAAUCAGAAGCUCAGAGCCAAAGAUGAUGAGCUUCUGCAUUUGUCUUCGGAACUGGAAGGCUCUUCCAACCAAGUCAAAUCUUUCUCCAAGGCUAUGGCAAGCCUGCAGAAUGAGCGAGACCGUCUGCUGAAUGAACUGGGCAAAACAUGUAAGAUCGAAGAAGUAAAGCAACAAGCAGAAGGGAGCACUUCCACCACUCCUUCAGAAGUGCAGAGUCUUAAGAAGGCACUGUCCUCCUUGCAGAAUGACAGAGACAGAGUA